GGCGGCUCCUGGCUGUCAGCGCGCGGCAGCUGCUGGAGGGAGCGCAGCAGCCCGGGACCGCCGCGGAGCUCUGCUGCACGUCUGGAGACCAGGCAGGUGACGCUGGAGGAUCCAAUUCCUCUGUGGAACUUCUAAACAUCUUCUGUUAGCCAAAGCAUCAUUUUCUACAAAAUGAACUCAGCACCUUAACUUAAAUCAGUGUAUGAGUGGUUCAGACACAUCUGCUAUGGUCCAGAAAGCUUGAGGUCUAAGGAGCACAGGGUCUUUUGCGAUGACAAUAUGACUAAUAGCAAAGGAAGAGCUAGUAUUAAUAAAACAAGUGGUGGUCCAAGUAGUGGAAGAGGUUUGGUCGACUGGACUUUAAGUUUAAACACGAUUCAGUCCGAUAAGUUUUUAACCUUGCUUUUGAGUAUGGUUCCAGUAAUUUACCAGAAGAACCAGGAAGACAGGCACAAAAAAGCCAACGGCAUCUGGCAAGAUGGAUUGUCCACUGCGGCACAGGCGUUUAGCAACAGGGCUGAGCAGCACAUGGAUUAUCAUGGCUUCUCAGAGCAAGCCUUCCAUGGCAGCAGUGGGCACAUGCCAGCCAGCUGUAGCCCCAAGUAUGAUGACUAUGCCAACUACAAUUACUGUGAUGGGAGGGAGACCUCAGAGACAGCUGCUAUGUUGCAAGACGAAGAUCUGUCCAGCGAUGGUGACGAGGAUGUCAUUGUGGAAACAAACCAGAAAUUGCCAAAGGAGUCUAGUGGUGUCAUGGCAUUGCAAAUACUUGUGCCAUUUUUGCUGGCUGGUUUCGGAACUGUUUCCGCAGGCAUGGUUUUGGAUAUAGUCCAGCACUGGGAGGUGUUCAAAAAAGUAACAGAAGUUUUCAUUUUAGUUCCGGCACUACUUGGUCUCAAAGGGAACUUAGAAAUGACCUUGGCAUCCAGACUGUCUACUGCUGUAAAUAUUGGGAAGAUGGACUCACCCAUUGAAAAGUGGAACCUAAUAAUUGGCAAUUUGGCAUUAAAACAGGUUCAAGCAACUGUUGUUGGUUUUCUGGCAGCUGUGGCAGCAAUUAUUCUGGGUUGGAUUCCAGAGGGAAAAUACUACCUUCAUCAUUCCAUACUUUUGUGCUCUAGCAGUGUAGCAACUGCCUUCAUUGCAUCCCUUCUGCAGGGAAUAAUAAUGGUUGGGGUUAUCGUUGGUUCAAAGAAGACUGGCAUAAACCCUGACAAUGUAGCCACACCCAUUGCUGCUAGCUUUGGAGACCUUAUAACCCUUGCCAUAUUAGCUUGGAUAAGUCAAGGCUUGUACUCAUGUCUAGAGACCUAUUACUACAUUUCUCCACUAGUUGGCGUCUUUUUCUUGGCUCUGACUCCUAUCUGGAUUAUCAUAGCUGCCAAACACCCAGCCACAAGGACAGUUCUUCAUUCAGGCUGGGAGCCUGUCAUAACAGCCAUGGUUAUCAGUAGCAUUGGGGGCCUUAUUCUGGACACAACUGUAUCUGAUCCAAAUUUGGUUGGGAUUGUUGUUUACACACCAGUUAUUAAUGGUAUUGGUGGUAAUUUGGUGGCCAUUCAAGCUAGCAGGAUUUCUACUUACCUCCACUUACAUAGCAUCCCGGGAGAAUUGCCUGAGGAACCCAAAGGUUGUUACUACCCAUUUAGAACUUUUUUUGGUCCAGGAGUAAAUAAUAAGUCUGCUCAAGUUCUGCUGCUGCUAGUGAUUCCAGGGCAUUUAAUUUUCCUCUACACUAUUCACUUGAUGAAAAGUGGUCACACAUCUCUAACUGUAAUCUUCAUAGUAGUAUACUUAUUUGCUGCAGUGCUACAGGUCUUCACUUUGCUGUGGAUUGCUGACUGGAUGGUGCAUCACUUCUGGAGGAAAGGGAAAGACCCAGACAGUUUCUCCAUCCCCUAUCUUACGGCGCUGGGGGACCUGCUGGGGACAGCCUUGCUUGCCUUAAGUUUCCACUUUCUCUGGCUCAUCGGAGACCGGGAUGGAGAUGUUGGAGACUAGUCAGUCCUGUAAACUGCUCUGAGGUUACCAAGGAAAAACACAAGACAACCACUUGACAGCUCUUUUGAAAAACUUUCACAUCAGUAGUUUGACUUGUGCCCAGGGUCAUCUGCAAUUGGCCCUGAUUCAAUGAAAUGGCCUUAACCUUUUUCAUUUUUUUAGGAACCUGUGUUGAAACCAGAACAAACAGUUUUUGUGCUGCUUUUCAUAGAAUAAGUGACCAUUUAAAUGGACUUAGAAACAAGCUCUAACUGACAUUAAUUAAACAGGAAGGAAUAUUUUGGUUUGCAGUGAAUCAAAAAAAAAACAAA